AGCCAUAUAGGAGAGGCAUCCUUCCCUGCCGAACCCUUACCGCCAUAAUUGUUCUGUUGUUCUCAAUGUUGCGAAGAAACAUCCGUUUGCGGAGAGAGUAUUUGUAUAGAAAAAGCUUAGAAGGAAAGGAGCGUCUCCUUUAUGAGAAGAAGCGCAAAAUCAGAGAAGCUCUUGAAGAAGGUAAACCUAUACCUACUGAGCUUCGAAAAGAGGAGACGGCACUUCGUCGUCAAAUUGAUCUCGAAGAUGAAAACACAACUGUUCCAACAACUCACAUUGAUGAUGAGUAUGCAUUUGCGGCCGAGAAAGAUCCUAAAAUCAUGCUCACCACAUCGAGGGAUCCAAGCGCUCCUCUUAAACAGUUUGUAACGGAGUUGAGUACUGUCUUUCCCAAUGCUCAACGAAUAAACCGUGGUGGUCAGGCUAUUUCAGAGAUUAUAAAUGCUUGUCGGUCGCACGACUAUACAGAUGUAAUAUUGGUUCAUGAACACCGUGGCGUGCCUGCUGGUUUAACUCUUUACCAUCUACCAUUUGGCCCAACUGCAUGUUUUAGUUUAGUCAAUGUGGUUACAAGACAUGAAAUUAAAGACAAAAAAGCUCUUGGAGCCAUGUCGGGGGCUUAUCCAAGAAUUAUACUUAAUAAUUUCUCAACUUCGUUAGGUGAAAGGACUUCCAAUAUUCUAAAGCAUCUGUUUCCGGAGCCAAAACCUGACGCAAAGCGUAUUGUCUCUUUUUCCAAUAAUUCAGACUAUAUCAGUUUCAGGCAUCAUAUAUAUCAAAAACUUGCGGGUCCUAACUCUGUCGAAUUGAAGGAAAUUGGUCCACGGUUUGAACUGCGACUAUAUCAGAUAAAAUUGGGAAUAGUGGAUCAAGCUGAAGCUCAAACAGAAUGGGUCUUGAGACCAUACAUGAACACUACCAAGAAGCGGAAGUUUCUCUGAAAUUUAAUUUUAUGAAUUUACUUUUUUGUUCAUCUGCCUGUUAUGUCAUUUACUCAUGUGCUAAACAUACAAAGUAGCUCUUUUUGGAUUGGCGUUUGCUGCAAACGCACUUUUCUUCCUCUCCCAUCGCGAUUUGGAGAAGCUACAAAAGGUAGCUUUUGGUCUACUGUGAAUUUUCAUUGCGAUAUUGUGAAUCCUACCGCCAAUUCAAACAGGCUAUAAGUGCAUGAGUGUCUAUCUAUUUUAUUUUUUUCACAAAUUAUUUUAUGUUUUUAAAUAAAAUUAUUAAACGAUUUUUUAAUAUACUUUUUGUUUGUUAUUGUUUCAAAUAAGUAUUAUUAAUUUCGUAAUAUAUAUCUUAGGUAAAACUCAACUUGUACAAAAUGAGGUGUCAUCAUAUUUUAUCCUAUACAUACACGAUGAUGGGGCAUUAUGUUUUUAAUAAAAAUAUCAUAUAUUAAUGUUUAUUUUGUGAUUUGAUUUCUUUUUCAUUCAAGUUAGUAUGGAUUAAAAUGUAAGAAGUUUAAAAAUUUUAUCAUAGAAAAAGCAUUUUUUGUUUUUUUAAAGAAUUUACUAAUGUGUUAUGGUGUUUAGGUACAUUAUGUUUUUGGUGGAAAUGAAAUUUAGGAUUUAUUUAAAAUAAAAGAAAGAAAAUACUGUCAAGAAAUAAACUUGGUUAGGUGUCCAGGAUAGUCACAAACUGUAAAGGGAAAAGCUUCAAGGUGCAGGUCCUCAAAUGUGUUUUUUCUUUUUUCAGAAUACAUGCUAUGCUAUUUCUAUCUUAGUGUUUUUGAUGGGUGUUCAAAACCAAACCAACCCAAUAGAAAAUCACAAAGUAAACUAAAUCGAAACCGCAAAAAAUCGUAUUUGAUUUGGAUUUAUUGAGGUCAUCUUUUAACAAAACUGCACGGUUCGAUUUGCG